AUGAUAAGAUCAGAUUUUGGCCAAGUGGGAUCUAAAGGCAUGAAUGCCUCCCCACAUCUUAGAACAGAGAGGACAGCCACAAUGUAUUCAAUAGAAAGUUCCAUGAAUAUUCCUAUUAUAUUUUUGGAGAGUGCUGCCCACUCAGACUGGAAGAUUUCGAAGACACAGAAACCUGGACAACGCCGCUUGAGUCAUGGAAGACCACGGUGGAGCUCGUCGUUGUGCAGCGAGCGCCGCUUUAUCUUUGAGCUUUGCUGUGCAGCGAGUGCCGCUUUAUCUUUGAGCUUCGCUGUGCAGCGGGUGGAAGGGAAGCUUGUAAGAGUGCGUGUGAAGCUUUCGGGAGUCGAGAGUAUUGCUGUAGCGGCGCGUUUAACUUACCUGCCACCUGCAAGCCGUCCGUUUAUGCUCAGAUGUUCAAAUCUGCUUGUCCCAGAUCCUAUAGCUACACUUAUGAUGAUCCUACCAGCACUUUCACUUGCUCUGGUGCAGAUUAUACUCAAAUCCUGCUAUUCUUCAGCUUCCUCCAGCUCAAGUAUUCCUUUCUAUAGUGGAGAUGGACAGCCUAAUGCUAAUGCUAAGCCCAUUCGGUUCAAAGAAUUAAAGAAAGCGACCAGAAACUUUCGACCUGACCGCAUUUUAGGGAAAGGAGGAGUUGGUCUUGUUUUUAAAGGAUGGAUCAACGAGCACACUCUUACCGCUGCAAAUCCGGGAUCUGGAAUGACAGUUGCUAUCAAGAAACAGUUCGAGGAAGAAUGGUUGAGAGAAGUUAAAUAUCUGGAGUAUUUUCGUCAUCCGAACCUGAUUAAACUUAUAGCUUACUGCGCCGAGGGUGACAAACUUCUUUUGGUAUAUGAGUUCAUGCCAAAAGGAAGCCUGGACAAUCACUUGUUCGGAAGCCAUCAGUGUCUUUCUUGGUCUACUAGAAUCAAGGUAGCUGUUGAUACUGCUAGAGGCCUUUCUUUCUUGCACGAUGCUAAAAACAAUGUGAUACAUCGAAAUUUGAAGUCUGCUCACAUUCUUUUGGAUGAGCAUUUUAAUGCCAUGUUAUCCGGCUUCGAUCUCGCUACAGAUGGGCCACCUGAUCAUAAGACUCAUGUGUCCACUCGAGUUAUUGGUACACAUGGCUAUGUUGCACCGGAAUACUUAGCUACAGGUCAUUUGGCGGAAAACUGUGAUGUAUACGGCUUUGGAGUUGUUUUGCUAGAAUUACUAUCUGGCCGUAGGGCUUCUGCAAUAACUACUGCUAAAGAUUAUCUCCUUCCGGAUAGGAUAAAAUUAUAUUUUUCUAAGAAGGAAGAAGUGAAUCGAGUGGUAGACCCCAAAUUGAAAGGCCAGUACCCUCUGGAAGAACCAGUUAUUGUUUCAAAUCUUGCUUUGCAGUGCUGUCAUCACUACAGUAAUGGUAACACUGCUGCACCGGAGAUUCGUUCUAGUGGCGGCGCUGCUUCUGUUGAGAUAGAAGAGAGACGGUGA